CUCUGUGACUGAGCCCCAGUGCCUGAGAGGCAGCUCGGUGCACGCGCUGCUCCUCUGCUUCUUCUUCUCCUUCUUCUCCUUCUUCUUCUGGAUUUACUCUUAAACCUUUCAGGGAUGAACUGACACUGAGCCUGACAGAGAUAUAAAUACAUACAAAAAUCCCAGUUACAGCAGAAGAACUCAGUAUUUUAAGACGAUAUUAUUGGAAUUCGCGGUAUUUGGAUUUUUUUUUUUUUUUUGGAUAUUUUCUCCUGAAUAUCGCAUCGGAUCCUGACUUUGUUUGUUUGUUUGUUUGUUUGUUUGAUAUCCAAGACAUUUGUAAACGAAAUUUUACCAUCUAUUUUUUUUUUCUUUUGGGAUGUUGAGCUCCGUGAAAAUGGAAAGUCAUGAAAUACCGGAGUGGAGCGGAUUUUACAGCGAGGCUAGUGAGAUGUAUUCCUCUGCAAGUGCCAUGAAUUCUGUGAGUAGCCUGAACAAUUACAUUAACCUGAACCCAGCAGGCUCGAGCACCAGCAUGAACAUGGGAUACGGAAACCCGGGUCUUAACGCCAUGGGAGGAGCAACUAAUCACAUGAACCUGGGCACCUCUUUAAACACGAGCUCAUUAACCCAGUUGAGCCCUUCAUCUUCAUCCCUGGCUCCACUUUCUCACUACCAGAGCAUGAGCCAGCCGAUCUCUCAACUCAGUUACCCAUCUCCACCAGCACUGAACCGUGCUAAGGAAGUGCCCAAACCAUAUCGCCGCUCUCUGACCCAUGCCAAGCCGCCAUACUCGUACAUCUCGCUGAUCACUAUGGCGAUCCAACAGUCAAGCAACAAGAUGCUAACUCUGAAUGAGAUCUACCAGUGGAUCAUGGAUCUGUUUCCAUACUAUCGUGAAAACCAACAGCGCUGGCAGAAUUCAAUCCGCCACUCCCUCUCUUUCAAUGACUGCUUCGUUAAAGUCGCACGGUCACCUGAUAAACCUGGGAAAGGUUCUUACUGGGCUCUGCAUCCCAACUCAGGCAACAUGUUCGAGAAUGGAUGCUACCUGAGGCGCCAGAAGCGCUUCAAAAUCGACGACAAGCCAGGAAAGAAGGGCGGGGGGAAGUCUCAGGAUGGUGUGAACUCUAAACAUGGAAACAGCGAAGGUGUGCAGGAGGAGCGAAGCCCUGCUACAGGUUCAUCUGACGGUGCCGAUUCAGCCCAGUCUGAUGUUUCCCAUCCUGGCUCUGCAUCUGAGGAGCAGCAAAUGAGUCUAGCACCGCUUGAGGGUCCAUCUCAAAGCGCUAUUCCAUCCUCAAUGCCUCCUUCCGGAUCUCACCUUCACUCCGAGGGCAUGAACACGACUUCUCAUCUGCUCGCCAAUCCCAUCCAGCAUCAUCACCUGGAUUUGCAGAAUGACCCACUCAAGUCCAUGGACCCGCAGUACAACUUCAACCACCCGUUUUCCAUCACCAACCUCAUGUCUAACGAGCAGAAAAUGGAGCUCAAGUCAUAUCAGGAUCAUGUCAUGGCCUACAACGGCUACGCUGCUUCCUCACCCGUAGCUGCCAAACAGAUAUAUGACAGCGCUGGUCCCUCGAGCAUCGACUCAGGCGCCUAUUACCAGACCCUCUACAGCAGGUCUGUGCUUAAUGCGUCCUAGAGAGGUGUUUUUCAUAGAUUUUUUGGACGAAUCAAGUUGUAAGAAAACCUAUGAUUGGUAGCAGGCCUCUAACACAACGGAAACAGGACUUAUUUCUCUGUCUCUGGCUACAUUUGUUGAAAUUCAUAGGAAUGAAUAGGAAUUGGAUUCGAUAAAAACAGUCUGUAUAUAAAAAAAAAAAACUACAAGUGCUUACCCUGCCCCUCACCCAAAA